AAGUCCAACACUGGUCUUUGGGGAAUCGGCACAGGAGAGAGAGAAAGGGAGAGUUAGAGAGAGAAGGGAGGGGGAGAGGAGAGGGAGACCCAAUAUCCAUGCAAAGAACAAGAAAUCAGAGAGGCAAGGCAAAAUUCCAGUCCAAAUCCCCUCCAAAAACCCACCAAACCAGCUCCCCCAUCUCCAAGAACAAGAACAAGAAAGCAUCCUUGAGCACAAGGGAAUAAAGGAGCCCGGAAAGGCGAAGACAAAAGAAGUUUCAAGGAGAGCUCGGAGAAGGGGAUGGAUCCGGCGCUGCUCGACAACAUCAUUGGGAGGCUGCUCGAGGUAAAGAGCCUGAAGCCCGGGAAGAACGCGCAGCUGUCGGAGUCGGAGAUUAAGCACCUAUGCGCCGCCUCCAAGGAGAUCUUCCUCUCGCAGCCCAACCUCCUGGAGCUCGAGGCCCCCAUCAAAAUCUGCGGUGAUGUCCAUGGUCAAUAUUCUGAUCUCCUGAGGCUCUUUGAUUAUGGUGGAUAUCCUCCUGAAUCCAACUAUCUUUUCUUGGGGGAUUAUGUGGACCGGGGAAAACAAAGCCUUGAGACAAUAUGCCUUCUUUUGGCUUAUAAAGUCAAGUACCCUGAGAACUUUUUUCUUCUAAGAGGCAAUCAUGAAUGUGCAUCAGUAAACCGCAUCUAUGGGUUUUAUGAUGAGUGCAAGCGCAGAUUCAGUGUAAAACUCUGGAAAACAUUUACAGACUGUUUUAACUGCUUGCCAGUAUCAGCAUUGAUAGAUGAAAAGAUUCUAUGCAUGCAUGGUGGUCUUUCUCCUGAAUUGAACAAGCUGGAUCAAAUACUCAACCUCAAUCGCCCCACAGAUGUACCAGAUACUGGAUUACUGUGUGACCUUCUUUGGUCAGAUCCUUCCAAUGAAGCGCAAGGGUGGGCUAUGAAUGAUCGAGGUGUUUCAUAUACAUUUGGUCCUGAUAAAGUGGCUGAGUUUCUUGAGAAGCAUGAUUUAGACCUCAUCUGCCGAGCUCAUCAGGUUGUUGAAGAUGGAUAUGAGUUCUUUGCUGAUCGUCAGCUUGUAACAAUAUUUUCUGCGCCUAAUUACUGUGGAGAAUUCGAUAAUGCUGGUGCCAUGAUGAGUGUUGAUGAGACGCUAAUGUGCUCCUUCCAAAUACUGAAACCUGCGAGGAAAGUGUUGAGUGGUUCAACUAAUACCAAGUCUGGCUUCAAGUCAUUGAGAGGCUGGUGAUGGCGGUACGGUGCUUGGUGAAAGGUGAGCAAGCUGUGACCAGAUCUGCAGGUAGGCACAUACCUUGAGGAGCGGCUGCAACUAACUGGCAUUUUCGCCUACACCUCAGGGCCCGAAACAAGAACCACAGAAAUGUACAACUCUCGUCGAUGGAACCGUACAUUGUUCGUGUCGGAUUAACACUCUUGUAAUGUAUUAUUGUUUUUCUGCCGUGUGGAUCUCUUAUCGCGCAAGAGGAUAUGCUGUGAACUCUUACUGUUCUUCCCCCUCUCCCCUUUCCCCUAUAAAAAAUUCUAAGGAUUCAGGAUUCCAA